UCAUAUCCGCUGAUUUGUAGAAAAUGGCGUCAACGGAGUUUUUGGAGGAAGCUUUGUCCACAGACGUCGACGAGAAAGCCGUGAACGCGAUCGUGGGCACUCUCGAAAACCAAUUAGUUACUAACGUAUCGUCGGCGCCGUCACAAAAUAUUUUAGUGAACGUUUUAUCAUCUCAGUUUCCCGGGCUAAGUUCGAACGCGGGCUCUAUUAUAAGUGGUCAUAAAUAUACAACAGGCGGAGUUAGCUGCGGUAUUGCCGCGAACAGUAUACACAGACCCUCGUUGACAAAUAGCACGUCCUGUAAUAAUGUCCAAUCAAGUGUUCCUGGUACUUAUUCCUCUUUGACACCGGGUGGUACUGUGACCAAUUGUAACGAUAACAUACAAGUUAUAUAUUCUCAGGCUCAAGCAUUUUCUAACCCAAAUUCGGUGACAUUUCCCGCUCAGUCACUUCCGAACGGUUUCGUUGGGUUGUCCUCGUCCCAAAAUCAUUUGAUAACGUCAGUAGACGCGAUGCAACCUCCUUUAGUUUUAAAACAGGGGACGUCUUCGGGCCAAGUGGGAAUACAGUCUGGAAUGGUCACAGUACCGAUGACAGCCAAUUCAAGCAUGUCCGGUUCAAUACCAAAUGUAAUGACUUUGAACAAACCUGGACAAAAUGUAGUUGUAACAACUCAGAACUUGGGUUCGAGUCAGCCCACAAUACUCCCUAAUGUUCAGAUUCUGAAUAUGAGAGCUGGUGCUCCAGCAGUUGCGGCACAAAAGUCAGUAGCAACAGUAUCACCAAGAGUAGUGAUAGGCACCCCACAAGUUGUUGGCACCAGAGCUGCAGGACCAGGCAUAACGCUGCAAACACUACCAAGUCUACAACCGGGCCAGCAGGGUCAUUUGUUGUUAAAGACAGAGAAUGGUCAAUACCAGUUGCUGAGAGUGGGUCCCGCUCCAGCGGCCAGCUCUCUCACGACGCCCCAGCCUCAAACCAUCAGGCUGUCCACUGUGCCAGCACAUCCUGGCGUCGCGACGGUGUCAACAAGCAUGGCCUCCAGCCCUAUACCGGGUCAGAUGCCAGCUGCGCCGAUGGCAACGCCUGUUAUACCAGCAUCUAUACCAAAUAUAAACUGCGGUACGCCUCCGCCUCAAUCUCAACCCCCAACGGUAACAACUGUUAAACCUUCGGACAACACUAAGGAAAAAUGCCGUAAUUUCUUAGCAAAUCUCCUGGACUUAUCAAGCAAAGAGCCUCCAUCAGUGGAGAUGAAUGUACGGAAUCUGAUCCAGGAACUUAUCGACGCCCAAGUUGAACCAGAAGAGUUCUGCAACAGACUUGAAAGAUUACUUAACGCGAGUCCUCAGCCCUGCCUUAUCGGAUUCUUAAAGAAAAGCUUGCCACUGCUCAGACAAUCUUUGGUUACAAAAGAGCUUGUUAUUGAAGGAAUAAACCCUCCAGCGCCUCACAUAGCUUUCUCUACGAUGCCAUCUCCCGCCCAACCUGUGGUGGCCACGUCCAACAUACAAUUGCCUUCAGAGGAAGAUGGGUCGAGUCCCACGCUAACGCCUCUCCUGCCGCCGGUAAUGCCGCUCACGCUGGCCAACCUGACAAAGCCUAUUAACGUUCAGUCACUGCAGACGACAGCUCCCACACAGCAGCAAAAACCACCAUCGAAACCGGGCAGUACGAUAGCGGUUCUACAGAACAUUCCUGUGCACACCAAGAUCAACGUUAGCAAAGUCAGUAGCGGCAAGUCGAUGCAGUUGAACAACAAGGGCGCCUUCCCGAGAGGCCAAUUGCCUUCAGCUGCUUUAUCAACCGUACUGACUCCUGGCAAGUCGCUUCUGAAAGAUAAGGAGAAGAAAUCUUCUAGUUAUUCGCAACCGUUCACCGACGACAAGAUGGCUGGCGAUGACGACAUCAAUGACGUAGCGGCCAUGGGUGGAGUCAACUUGGCGGAGGAGUCGCAGAGGAUUCUCGGCUCCACGGAGAUGAUCGGAACUCAGAUUAGAUCGUGCAAAGAUGAAUAUUUAGUGCCGACGAGCGUGAUGCAAGCCAGGGUUAAAGCCAUAAUAGCACGACACAAUCUCGACGAGCCGACGGGGGAAGUGGCAGCCCUCAUCAGUCAUGCAGUACAGGAGAGACUUAAAAAUCUUAUCGAGAAACUAGCUGUGAUAGCUCAGCACAGAAUCGAUCAUUUUAUAAAGUCUGAUAGCCGUUAUGAAGUGACUCAAGAUGUAAAGGGCCAACUUAAGUUUCUAGAAGAAUUGGACCGGGUCGACAAGAAACGCAGGGAAGACUCAGAGAGGGAAAUGCUUCUUAGGGCUGCCAAGUCUCGAUCGAAGAACGAGGAUCCCGAACAGGCGAAAUUGAAGGCUAAGGCGAAAGAAAUGCAACGUGCCGAGUUGGAGGAGCUUCGUCAAAGGGAAGCCAACUUGACCGCUUUACAAGCUAUUGGACCGCGAAAGAAACCAAGACUAGAAGCACCAGGCGCCUCCGGAGACACAGCCACUCCUGGACCGCAGACUACUGGAUUUCCUGGCCGAAGUCAACUAGCCCUCCGGACUCGUCUGAAGCGCAUCAAUCACCGUGACAUGCUAUUCCUGCUCGAGCAAGAGAGAGACACCUGCCGAUCGUUGUUGCUUUACAAGAGCUACUUGAAGUGACCCGCGGCCGAAACCUACACUAGGAGCGACGUCGACCGUUACAUCGACUGGCUCGCGACCAGAUACGAUGAUUGAAAACGUCACGCUCCUACUGUAGCGUACGUGUGCACCGAAAGUGUUACACGUGAGAACUGUCUAAAAAUUUAAACGCAGUAAAGUUAUUCCUGAUGCUGACCGAAUGAAUUGGAGAAUAAUGUUCAUACCAAUGGAAUGAUGAAAGCGUUUUGUUAUAGUAUCCUGAUUUGUUACAAUGCUGUAUCAUUGUGUACAACAGUAUACAACAAAUGCUGCGUCUUAGAUGGCCGAGACUAAUGAGUAUUCAAAUAUUGACUUAAUACCGUCGUGAUGUUGUAUUUGAAGCAAGCCUUAAUAAUGAUUCUAGUUAAACGGUGACUAUGCGUAACUUGUUGAAUAAUAACUGAUUCAUAAAUUUGAAAACAUGUGCAACGAAUAAUGCAGCAGGUAGGUUUAUCAUUCGUCUUUCGUACAAAGUCAAAAUGCCUUGGAACUCGAUUUUUAUUGUAUGGAGUCCUUGUUGAUGUUAUAUAAAAAUUUAAUUGAUAUACAAUAAUAACUACAUGAUGGUUAAACUUGAGCCAUUCAAUACAUUAAACAGUCGUUUGAUGAACCGAUUUUGGUCGAUAUGCACGGUAUGACAAAUAAAGUGAUUGUUUUAAUAAUAACAUAGAACUCUGGUAGAAUUGAUGGAAAGUAUAGUUGUUAUAAGCGUUACGACAUGUAUUGAGACUAAGAAGAUAUUGGGCUAAGAGCAGCGCAGUGACUGUCUUGGUAAUGAUUAUGAUCACCUUUCAGAAUAAGUUGCCUCUCGAAGGAAAGAGUACCAGAAUAACUUAUUCUAAAAUUGUGAACUUUCGGGCUCCUUAAAUUAUAUAUAACUGAUUAGUUAGGAGUAUUCAGGUAAUAGAUAUAACAAAUGACAUAUCGAGGAUAUAAGGAAGCGUGUCGGAGUGGAAAAAAGCAACUUGUGGUCGUCGUGGCUUAAAGGAUAAGACAUCUGAUGCACUAUUAUCGAGCGAUGCGAUUGUGUCGGAAUUCAAAUCCCGCAGGCGUUUAACAAUGUUUGUAAUGAUAUACUUACUGAACCUAUGUUCACGAAUGACUUACAUGAUGAAGGAAUAACCUGAGAUGUGUAACCUGAGAAUUAUGUGUACUGGUUUCAAAGAUGGCACAGCCAUUAUGUAAUAAAUUAUACGUACUCUUAUUUUAAGAGGUAAUAUUGAUGACAAUAAUAAUUAAUGACAAAACUAAAGUCCACAGGGGGACUCUCAAGUUACUAAAAAGCCAUUAACUAUUUAUUGUUUAUCAGUCCAACUAUAGUAGCUAAGAACUUAUGCACCACUCUGAAUACAAUUAAGAAUAUUUAAAAUAUUAAGAAGCGUACAGAGAAAGGGGACAGAUAAUAGACAUAGACUCGUGAAUUAUAAUUUAUAAUUAAGGGCAUAACGUGGGAGGAGCUAGAACACACUGCCCAAAACCGAUGUAAAUGGAAAAAUUUGAUUCGAGCCCUACACCCCAGCAGAGGGUAAUAGGAAAGAAUGAUGAUGAUGAUGAUGAUGAUAAAAAAAUAUUCAAUAAACGUUGAAACGACAUAAGAACGCUAAAGACAAAUCAAAAUCUAUGAAUGUUGGAGAAGGUAAAAAACGCAUACAAUAUUAUUCUAAAGCCGGAACCACACUGCGUUAUGUGCUAUUCGUUAUGUGACUACGCCGUAUUCGCCAUAAUAUUUAUGCGCGCAAACAAAAACAUGCCAUCCACACUUUAUAACUUGUGCGCUGAAUUAUGCCAAAUAAGGCAAAUAUGUUCGUUAUUGGCGUGGAGCGAUGGACGUGUUGAGAGUUGCUGCAAUUUAUUAUUAUCUAAAUGCUUCUUACCAGUACUUGUUGUGCAAGUACAAAGUUACUAAAAGACCGAAAAGAAAACGCUGUUGGACGUUUACAAGUCAUAAGACACGUCGAUACCCGACCGCCGCAAGCGUGUAAAUGACUCACCGACGUGUGGGUAGUCGAUGCGCAUAUUCGCCUUGUUCGUGUCCUUUGAAGUGUGUCAAAAAAACCGACAAGUCGACGGAUACGCAUAUUUGCUAUUCGUGCUUAAGUGCUAUCUUUUUUUCUCCACCUUAUCCCACUAGGUGGGGUCGGCCCAGCUAAUAUUUCUCGGCCAUUCUCUUCUAUCAGCCAUCAUCUCAACACUCACUCCUCUAUCUCUCAUAUCGUCAUUCACACACUCCAUCCAUGUCUUUCGGUCGACCUCUUCCGAAUAAAGCGUACGAAUAAAGAGAAUAUUGGCGAAUAUACUCUCCAUACUUCGCCGUAUGCGCAUGAAUAACCCGCAUAAUAAAUAGCGCAGUGUGGUUCCGGCAUAAAGCUAUCCAGCAAUGUUUCAAACCCAAUUGGUGAAGUUAAAUGAUUAGUGUAAAUAGAUAGCUAUUAACUUUUAAAUUUGACUAAAUUUCGAUGAGAUAUUCGACUGCUGGUUAAUUCUUUGUAUGUUAAAUAGGUCACAGCAGAAUUAACUUCGUAAAAUGCAUACUCAACAGCUCUAUUGAGAUUUCCAUUUUUUAGCUUUGCUCGGUUUAUAAUAUUCAUUUUAAAAUUAUUCGAAGCAUGAGACUGACUGUCUUUCACUACUAAUACGAAAAUUAGUUUUUGAAACGUUGGAAUUUAUACAAUAAAUAAUAGUACGAAAUUGAAUUGUACAACAUUUAAACGAUGUCAUGUAGCCUUAAUCUGGAUGAAGUAUUAUCAAGACUGAAAAUAUAAGAUCAAAGCAAUAUUAGGUAAGUUAUACAAAAUGGAACUUAUAAAUAAAGUUUCAAAAGGUAAAAUAGAGUUGAAUUAUUUAUUUAAGCUUUUGCAUAUAUUAAAAAUAAUAAAAUAUUUAAAACUGUUUAUUAAUAGACGAUUUAUAUAGUUUGAUACUUAGGUUCCAUGAACAAAGUUUAUUUGCGUAUCACACAUAUUCACCGUUUAAUUAUCAUUUUUGUUUUAAAGUAAACAGCACUCUGUCAAACUUUAGGUACAAAAUGUAAGAAAUAAGAAUAUGUAUUUUAUAUAAUAGGUGUUAUUAAUAUCAUAGUUAGUUUUUACUAAAAUUGAUAAAAUACUUUAUCAAUGAGAUGUUCCUCACAAGGUUGGUCUCGACACAAUAUCUAGUAAUUGAACAUUCUACAAGUUAUUGUGCUGUGUAAGAAAAUCACAAUAUUUUUUUAUAUAAAUACAAGUUGAAACUCACCAAAACUCUGUGCCCUAAAUUGCGUCAUCAAAAUUUUAUGUAGGUUUCUAAUGUCAAUAAUGAUUUUGUUUACUAUUGUCUACCCUUUUUGGUAGGUAAGGCAAACAGUUUGGUAUCAUCAUACUUCUGAUAGUUGCUCAGUAAUUUGAAUGAAAUCCUACCGGUUACAUCCAGUUUCCGUAUUCGAACAUUUCGAUGUUACACAUUUCUCACGUAAAUAUAUUUUAUUCAUAAAAUAUCUAGUAAGUAGAACUUUUGCAGCUCGUAUUAAAGUAUCUUAUGUAAUAAUUUCAUCUGUGACCAUGUUGAGUGAGAUGUUGAGCAAACCGUCGUGACUUAAAAUCGUUCUUUAACGGACAAUCCUAAAUAAUUAAAUAAAUGGUUUUUUAUAUCUAUUACAGACGUUUUUAGCUUUUGAGAUAAAAAAUGUGCUUCAUAUUUAUAUUAAAGUUUUCAUGUUAAUAUACUACUUGUUUAUCGAAUGUAAGGAAAUUAAAAAGUAUCAAAUGCCUGCCCAAGUUUUAUACUUUGAAUAUAAAGUAACAUGUUAUUGAUUAAAUGAUUAUUAUGAUCUCGUUGCAUGUUCCAUAAAGUCAAUUAUUACUAUAAUACUACAAUCUAAAAAUGAUUAACACCAAUCUUAAUAGAGAUAUAGGCUAAGUUACGAUUGUACAUUUUUAAGAAAUAAUUAAUCGCAUAUCUUCUAAAGGACGAGGGGGGCUCCAUUGAUUACUUAAAUGUUUAAACAAAUACACUAUAAAACUUAUCUAAUCUGAUCUUUCGAAUGCUUGACAGGUUUUCUGUUUACCGUCUAGUUAUCACACGUAAAAAAGGCAGAAUUAAAACAAAAGUAGUACUUAAUUAUCUUUAUGAGUUGUGAAAACCGAAGAAAGCUGUGGACUUUAUACAAUAUUGAUCCUAAUCGUUGGAGCCGUUAUCGAAUCGUACGAUAUAUAUUUAUAUGUACUGCUCAUUUUAAAUUUUUGUAAGAGAUCUUUGUAAAUAGUACAUUCUUUGGUAGGUAUCCAAAAAUGCGUAAGUAAUAAAACAAUAUUGUUUUUUAUUAUUAAGUACCUAUAAGGGUAAUUUCGCUAUGAUCAAAUAUGAUCAAUGAGCUAUAAUCAAUUAGCUAACCAAUAAAAGGGUUCAACUUGCGGCUUACCAUACUUUACUUAAUGUUCCAAGAAACACUAAUAAUAAUAUGAUCUUCCAAUCCAAUCAGUUGUUCAUUCAACUGUGAAGAUAUUGAUCUAAUGGAAGUAAUAGUAAUGUAAGUUGCCACAGUCUGUCCUAUUUUAAUUUAAUAAUAUUUGAAACGAAAUUAGAACACUAACACACAAAUAAAUAUGAUUCGCAAUUGAAACAUAAUUAAACUUUGAGAAUUUGAUAGUAGUUGAUAAUGAAAUAGAAUUGAAUGAAAUUGAAUGAGAAUUGAUUUAAAAGUAAAAUAUAUAUUUUUUCAAUUAGGAAUGUUCGGCGCGUGAUGUCGCAACAAAUGUGACCAAAGUCUGUGUUUAAGUUGUACGAAAAAUGUAAAUAUUUCUAUGUUCUACAUUCCAAUUUUCUUCUUGAACUUUUAUAUACUUUUGCGAUGCUUUGAUAUUUUAAUAAUGUUAAUACCCAUAAUUAUUAUACACAUAAGAUUCAGUUAAUAAUAGUAAUGAUAAUUUCAUUGUAAACCAUUGGCGUAUGAGACUGGGAAGUGUUUCUACUAGUAGCUGAUCUCUCUUUCCGAUUUUGUAGAUUUUUUUUGUCAUUAAAUUUGUAAAGUUUCAAGCAAGGAAAAUGCUAUUUCGUACAUAAUUUGCGAUAGUUAGUUUUAUAUAAAUAUAGUUACAUUUUUACUUUUUAAUUAAUUUAAAAACGAUACCCCUGCAUUGUGACUUUUUUUGUAAUGGUGCUUUAUUUAAGUUCAUAAUAUAUUAAAUAAAUUUAAACAAUGUAAAUAGUCAAUUUAAAUUAGCAACUUUUUUGUACAUCUUUUUGUAAUUAGUAAAUUGUGUAUUGGUUGGUUGCUUAGACGCCUUACUAUUGUGGCUAUUAUUUCAGUGCUGUUGAUAAAUCUCUUGGCAAUGUAUGUCAUGAAUACAUAUGUCGCGCAGCAUAGUCAGAAAAUAAAAGAUUCUACAUUUGUUAGUUAUUGAAUAACAAUUUUGAGAAAAUAGUGAUUCUCAAAAUGUGGUGGAUUCAUUACUGAUUAUAUGCGAUCACUUGUUUUGGGUCACUGUGCUGGCUCUGUAAUUAUUUUUUUAUACAUUACUAUCGUAUAUAUGUAGACCUGAACAACUUUAACAUUUUAGAUUCACCUUCCACCACCACCACUUACCACAAAGUCGACUAAUGUCUGGUCUGAAUCUAUCAUUGUUGAAGAAGUGUUGACAGAGUCUAGUUGUACUUAUUUUGUCAUAUUUCUUUCCAGUAUCAAUGAACAUUGAAAAAGUGGGUUAAAGAUUAUUAUCGAAUUAACAUACAUUGUCAUUUAAAUUAUAUAUAGUUUUCAUAUAAUAGGUUGUUCAAUAAAAUCUUGGCAACUUAAUAAACUAUCAAACUAUUAACCUUAUAAUUAUGUGCUAUGAAGACUGAAGAAACGUAAUAGAUAAAAUUUGAAAUCUUCACUAAUUUGUUCUUAAACAGGAUAAAAAUAAUAAAAAGUCAAUACAUCCUGUUAAUUGCCACCUAAUAGUUAUUUAUAAUACACUAAAUAAUUGACCAAUUUAGAAUAAAAGUAUAUUAAAAGAAGUUGCUUACUGUGCAUUACUACUAAAUAGAUAUGACAUUAAAAUAAAAUAAUAUUUCUAAUUUGUAACGAUUUCAUUACAUUUUUUUCAGAGUAAUUAUUAACCUUUUAUAAGAAAUCUUAGAACGUAAGUUUGUAUUAUGGUACUGUCUAUUUUUUUUGACUUUGGUAACAUUGUGUAAAAUAAUUACUAACAUGAAAAUGACGGGCUCUAUAAGUCCACAUAUACUUAAUAUAUAAAGUACAACAUGUUUUCAUUAAAUUAUUGUUUUUUCUUUAAACAUGUGGAAUUACAUGACAAACUUAGUUAUCAUGGAAGGUUGAGAAAUAAUGCUAUGCUAAACAUAAGUUCACAUACCCAAAGACCCAAUUCAGAAAAUGUAUAAACUUUGAAAAAUAAAAAGACUGGAUUAUUAAAGGAACAUAAUGUUCAAUAUUAUAAUGAACUGUUGGUGAAUGUCUCAAAAAGCCUAUUCAAAUGUAUAAAUAUGCCAAAUAUUACAAGACUUGGGGCUCUGUGGUGUAUAGUUUAGCCAAAAAUAUGUUUCCAUGCUUUCAUUACUUAAAUUAGUUGAAAACUAAAAUGAUGUUUAUUCAUAUUUUUAGAUAAUUAUAUAAAUAUGAAAUACAAACAA